AUGUUGGGAUCUAGGGAUGAUAGGAUAUCAACAACGACCAACACGCAGAGGAUGAAAACUUUCGUCAUGCAACGAUGCUGGCGCUUCUGCAAGGCAGUCUCCCAGCCGAGCUUCAUGCCCAGGGCGCAGGGCUGGACGUGGUGCAGCAGCAUGCAAGGGCAGCAGAGGAGGAGCGUGUGGGAGACGCGAAAGAUGCAACAGGCACAUGAGGUCUUGGAGAAAGAGGAUCCUUACAGCUACUACCGAGGGAAGAGCGAGGAGUUCCAGAACCUUAACAGCAACGAGCGCGCGAUGAGAUCGGUGUACGUCGGGGUCCCUACGGCGGCCUUCCUUGGCUUCUGCUUCUACAUCUACGACCAGGAGCAGAAGCAGAAGCAGCUCAACCGCGCGAAGCUGCUGGAGGAGGGAGACGAGCAGGUCGUGACCAACUGGUCGGCGACUCACUCGGUGACGACGAGGAGGUUCUUCCAGCCGCAGGACCUCGGGGAGCUGGAGGAGCUAGUGAAGAAGGCGCACAAGAACAAGACGCGGCUGCAUGUGAUCGGAGCAGGGCUGUCACCCAACGGCAUCGGGCUGGACGGCGACGGGAUGAUCAACAUGUCACUGAUGGACAAGGUGCUCGCUGUAGACAAGGAGAAGAAGCAGAUAACGGUACAGGCCGGAGCGAGGGUCAGCCAGGUCUUAGAAGCCCUCAAGCCCUAUGGGCUGACUUUGCAGAACUUAGCUUCUAUCAGCGAGCAGCAGAUUGGAGGUUUCAUGCAAGUGUCUGCUCACGGCACCGGGGCGUCGCUACCUCCGGUGGAUGAGCAG